AUGAUAACGAGUUCUCGAAUAGAUCAUCGGUCGAUUCGAAUAUUACUCUGUGGCAGUUUUUGCUUAGAAUUACUAGUACAAGGGGAACAUCCACAACUGAUUCAAUGGACGAAUCGAGAGGGCGAGUUUAAGCUUUUGGAUGCAGAAGCGGUCGCUCGGCUCUGGGGACAGCGUAAAGCAAAGCCGCACAUGAACUACGAUAAAUUAUCCAGAGCACUUCGAUAUUACUACGACAAAAACAUAAUCAAAAAGGUGAUUGGCCAGAAGUUUGUGUAUCGUUUCGUCGAAGCGAAUAUUACCGAACCAGUCGCAUACAACAUGAGUUUAUGUCGAGCGAUGAGCAAUACGAGCGUAACGUCGAAACCUGACGCUCAUCCGGCUCCAGUUCCUGCUCCUGUGCCUGCUCCACCCCCGUCACAACCAGCGCUCACGACGGCCUCGACGACAACGACUCCGAGCAUUGUUAAGGAAGAACCAUGUAAGCCGGAUCAUGGUGCGUCGUUUUCUUAA